AGUAGUGGAUCAGCAGCAGCUCCUCUCAGAACACUGAGUUCUCUGCUAACAAAGCCUUCAGACCUGCUCUUUCCCACCAUGCAGCGCUCGGCUAGCAGUUAGCAGCGGCUAGCUACCACAUUUGACCCUGUGUGCGCCUUGAUGAGCUAGACAUCCGGGCUGUGUGUAUGGAAGAUGGCGACACUUAUCCUCCCUGGUGAAUGGUUCAAAAACUGGGAAAAAUCUGGGAAACACGAGUUUGUACAACUCUGCAAAGAGCUUACAGAGAAAACAGAUCAUGGAAGUGAGGUUAGAGAUAUACAGGCCGCCUUAUACGAACUCUGCUGGCAAGUUGUACAGGGGAACCUUAAGUUGGAUCUUGUCGCCAGUGUCCUUGGGGACAUGAUGGAGCUCCGCGAUGACAUGCCAUCAAUUUUAGCAGAUGUGUUCAGUAUACUAGAUUUAGAAACAGGUGCACUGGAAGAAAAAAUCAAACGUGAUCAUUACACACAGUUGGUGGGAGCAUGUUUGUUUUUUGUUCCAGAGGCUAUCCUGAAAGAGAGACUGGAUCCAGAAACCCUUGAAUCUCUUGGACUUAUAAAACAAGCCCUUCAGUUCAAUCAGAAGAUUGUAAAAAUCAAAACUAAACUAUUUUACAAGCAACAGAAGUUUAACUUGCUAAGGGAGGAGAAUGAGGGCUAUGCCAAACUCAUCACUGAGCUUGGCCAAGACCUUUCAGGGAACAUCACCAGCCAUCUUGUCCUGGAGAGCAUCAAGUCCCUCAUAGGAUGUUUCAACUUAGAUCCUAAUCGUGUUUUGGACAUAAUCCUUGAGGUUUACGAAAGUCGAUCUGACCAAGAUGAGUUCUUCUUGGCUCUCAUUAAGUCCUACAUGUGUGAGCCACUCACCCUUUGCCACAUCCUGGGAUUUAAGUUUAAAUUCUACCAGGAGCCCAAUGAGGAAACCCCCACGUCACUUUAUCACAUUGCUGCUGCUCUGCUUCACCACAACCUGAUAGAGCUGGAAGAUCUAUAUGUACAUCUUAUGCCACUAGAUGCCACCAUCAUAGAGGAACACAAACGAGAUAUCUCGGAGGCCAAGCAGAUUGCUCGCAAGCUGGUCAUGGUUGUGUUGCCCUCAGAGAAGAAUGACGACAAAGAAAAGGAGAAAGAGAAAGAUGAGGAGAAGAAUGAGAAGCCACCUGAUAACCAGAAGCUUGGUCUAUUGGAAGCGCUGCUUAGAAUUGGAGACUGGCAGCAUGCCCAGAGUAUUAUGGACCAGAUGCCUUCCUUCUAUGCUACUUCUCACAAGGCCAUUGCACUGGCUCUCUGCCAGCUUGUGCACCUGACUGUGGAACCUCUUUACAGAAGGGCUGGUGUCCCAAAAGGUGCAAAGGGAUGUGUAAUUCGUCCACUGAGGAACAAGCGGGCACCUCGGCCUGCAGAGAAUUUUGAGGACCUACGCAGGGACACAUUCAGCAUGCUCUGCUACCUGGGCCCUCACCUCUCCCACGACCCCAUCCUCUUCGCCAAGAUAGUGCGUCUGGGCAAGGGCUUCAUGAAAGAGUACCAAAGUGACAGCAAAUCUGAGGUCAAAGAUAAAAUGGACACUCUACUGAGUUGUUUCCUGAGCAUUGCAGACCAGGUGCUACUCCCUUCGCUCUCCCUUAUGGAGUGUAAUGCUUGCAUGUCUGAGGAACUGUGGGGCCUCUUCAAACUGUUUCCCUACCGGCACAGGUAUCGGUUAUAUGGACAAUGGAAGAAUGAGACGUAUUCCAGUCAUCCCCUCCUGGUUAAAGUCAAAGCACAGACUGUGGAAAGGGCCAAAUACAUUAUGAAGCGGUUGACCAAAGAGAAUGUGAAACAGUCUGGAAGGCAGAUUGGCAAGCUGAGCCAUAGCAAUCCCACUAUCCUCUUUGAUUAUAUGCUGUCACAGAUCCAGUGGUACGACAACCUCAUUGUUCCAGUGGUGGACUCACUGAAAUACCUCACAUCCCUCAACUAUGAUGUCUUGGCCUAUUGCAUAAUCGAGGCUCUUGCCAAUCCUGAGAAGGAGAAGAUGAAGCAUGACGACACUACCAUCUCCUCGUGGCUUCAGAGUCUGGCAAGUCUGUGUGGAGCUGUGUUCAGAAAAUACCCAAUUGAGUUGGCUGGCCUCCUUCAGUAUGUCACCAAUCAGCUGAAAGCAGGAAAGAGUUUUGACCUGCUCAUCCUGAAAGAGGUGGUCCAGAAAAUGGCUGGUAUUGAGAUCACAGAUGAGAUGACCUCCGAGCAGUUAGAGGCCAUGACCGGAGGGGAACAACUCAAAGCAGAGGGCGGCUACUUUGGACAGAUCAGGAACACAAAGAAGUCAUCACAGCGUCUGAAGGAUGCGCUACUGGACCAUGAACUGGCCCUACCACUAUGUCUGCUAAUGGCCCAGCAACGAAAUGGUGUGGUUUUCUUAGAAGGUGGAGAAAAACACCUUAAACUUGUUGGCCAUCUCUAUGACCAGUGUCAUGACACAUUGCUGCAGUUUGGUGGCUUUCUGGCCUCCAACCUCAGCACAGAGGAUUACAUCAAGCGGGUUCCCUCAAUUGACAUCCUUUGUAACCAGUUCCACACUCCACAUGACGCUGCCUUCUUCUUGUCUCGGCCAAUGUACGCCCAUCAGAUUUUGUCAAAAUAUGAUGAGCUGAAGAAAGUGGAGAAAGGCAACCGGCAGCAGCAGAAGGUACACAAAUACGUGGCAGCCUGUGAACAGGUGAUGACACCGGUGCACGAGGCUGUGGUGUCGCUUCAUCCUUCCAGGGUGUGGGAUGACCUCCGCCCUCAGUUUUAUGCCACCUUCUGGUCCCUCACCAUGUAUGAUCUGGCUGUGCCUCACGCCGCAUAUGAACGUGAGGUCAACAAACUCAAGGUCCAGAUUAAAGCCAUUGAAGAUAAUACAGAGAUUCCCUUGAAUAAGAGAAAGAAGGAGAAGGAACGCUGCACUGCCCUGCAGGAAAAACUACAGGAGGAGGAGAAGAAGCAGCUGGAACACGUCCAAAGGGUUCUACACCGUCUCAAACUGGAGAAAGACAACUGGUUGUUUGCCAAAUCCACAAAGAAUGAGACCAUUACGAAGUUCCUGCAGCUCUGUUUGUUCCCACGCUGCAUCUUCUCUUCCAUUGACGCUGUGUACUGCGCCCGCUUUGUGGAGCUCGUCCACCAGCAGAAAACGCCAAACUUCUGCACCCUUCUCUGCUAUGACAGGGUGUUCUCUGCCAUUAUUUACACUGUGGCCAGCUGUACGGAGAAUGAGUCUCACCGCUACGGCCGCUUCCUCUGCUGCAUGCUGGAGACGGUGACCCGUUGGCACAGCGAUCGUGCAAUCUAUGAGAAGGAUUGCGUGAAUUUCCCUGGCUUCCUGACCAUCUUCAGAGCCACAGGCUUUGAUGGAGGGAACAAAGCAGAUCAACUAGAUUACGAGAACUUCAGGCAUGUGGUGCACAAAUGGCACUACAUGCUGACUAAAGCUUCGGUUCACUGCCUGGAGACGGGAGAUUACACCCACAUCCGUAACAUUCUCAUCGUGCUCACCAAGAUCCUGCCCUGCUAUCCCAAAGUCCUGAACCUGGGCCAAGCGCUCGAGUGUCGUGUACAGAAGAUCUGCCUUGAGGAGAAGGACAAGAGGCCAGACCUCUAUGCCUUAGCAAUGGGUUAUUCAGGUCGGUUGAAAUGCCAGAAGGUACACAUGGUCCCUGAGAAUGAGUUUCAUCACAAGGAGCAGCCAGCACGCAGUGUCACCCCUGCCAGUCAACAGAACGGCCCCGGCAGCACAGGCAAGCCCACCGGCAGCACAAACAAGACAGACGAGGGAGCAUCGGAGGAUGGUGAUCGGGGAAAGGAUAAAUCUCAGGGGACAACAAAGCCAGUGAACAAAGCCAACAGUGCAGCGGCCAAAGUGACCACCAGCAACGGAAAUGGUGCCAUCAUCAGCACCAAAGCCGUAAAAGAGCGGGAUGACAAAGAGAAGAGCGGGAAAGAGAAAAAAGAGAAAAAGGAGAAGACACCGGGCAGCACUCCUGAGACAAAAGCGGAGAACCGUCGGGAGAAGCAGAGAGACGAGAGAGCGGGAAAAGAGGAUCGGGUGGCACGUGAGGGUAAGGAGAAGACCCCCAAGGCUGACAGGGAGAAAGUGAAGGUCGAGGAGAAGAGCAGCAAAGACGACAAGGCCAAAGCCGGCAACGGGGAGCCCAUCGAGUCGUCCAGGGAGCGCGACGCCAUCAAGGAGUCCAAGAGCAAGGAGAAGGGAGACAGAAGUGCUGUGGCGGGGUCCCUCAAGUCACCAGGACUCAGAUCAGAAUCGGCCGAGUCUGAGAGGGAUCACAAAAGACGAAAGCUCGACACUCACUCUUCUCCAUCCCACUCCUCGUCUGUUAAGGACAAUAGCAACGAACCCAAGGAGUCCACAUCCAAGCAUCACAUCAACUACAAUUCAGUAGCCCGGUCCAAGAGCAGAGAGAGGGAGACGGAGAAGAAAGACUCAGAGAACGCACAAGGCCGAUCCAAAGAGAAAAAGGAAGAAAAGGAUCGGAAAGACAGGAAACGAGACCAUACUGUCAAUGACCACGAAACAAACCAAGAAACCAAACGUAGAAAGGACGAGAAUGGAACCAAUUCCUCCAAAAACAGAAAGAGCACAAGUCCCUCGUGUGACUCGCCGCUUUCAGCUGAAAAAGAGAAGAGCAAAAGAUCCAAAUCUUCCAGCAAAGAGAAGGCGGAAUCUGGAAAACCUGAGCGAACGUCCUCCGGAGGCAAAAAGGAGUCCAGACACGACAAAGAGAAAUCUGAGAAGAAAGAAAAGAGGGACAGCAGUGGAGGAAAGGAAGAGAAAAAGCAUCAUAAAUCCUCUGACAAGCACAGAUAAUGUGCACUAAUCAGUGAAGCAGAACUGGAGAAGCUGUGCUUUUAUCUGCUCCGCCACCUGUACCAUGUUGUUAACUCGUACUCUCAUUCUCUGCCUGUGUUGUUUUUUCUGUAAACUCCCCUCCCGGGUGUCGCUAGCUGUAGUUAUUUCAACUCCACUUGUUAUUUUUCCACUUAUACCGUGAAUCUGCUGCAAUAUGUAUUUUUCUUUUUUUCGUAUUCAGUAUGGGCACAAUGUGCUGCUCUUCACUAUGUCAUUGUUAUUCUAAUUGGAACAAGUGGUUACUGUACGAAUUGUCUGGAAGGAUCUGGUCAUGAUUCAAAAAUCUUAUGCUUGAACAUUUGUAUUUUUUGUACGUUGUCAGGCUUUGCUUUUUGCUCGUUUUAUUGGAGUUAACAUGCUUUCCAUACUCACUUACCUCAUAUCCUUUUUGAGAUAAUUAGAUACUUAUAUUUAUUUAUCUCCACCUUUUAAUCCGAGUAAGACAGUAGGCACAAGUGAUAAAUUCUACAAAGGACCAGUUUGUAUAUUAUGUACAAUAAUAAAGAGGGUAACAUGAAAUUCACAUCAUGUUAUUUCUUUUUUUCCUUUUUUUUUUGAUGUCCCUUUCAGUCCUUUUGUGAUUUUGUGUUAAUCAGGUUUUUACAUAAUUUAUAAAAAUGCCUGUUCAACCUUCAAAUGUAGAAUUGUAAAAAAAAAAAUCUGACAAAAAACGACACUCUGUACUCCAAACUCAACUGUUUAAAAUGACUUUUGGAGAUUUUAUCUGCUGUACUCAAUGAGUGUAAGCGUUUUUUUAAAAAACAAAAACCAAUAAAUAAUAGUUUUCCUAGUG